AUGCUAAUGCUGGAGUCAGGAGAUAGAGGUCUCAUCAAGGGGUCAGUGGACCCAGCCACAAGUCAGGAGACAGAGGUCUCAUCGAGAGGUCAGAGGACCCAGUCACAAGCCAGGAGACAGAUCUCAUCAAGGGGUCAGAAGACCCAGCCACAAGCCAGGAGACAGAGGUCUCAUCAAGGGAUCAGAGGACCCAGCCACAAGCCAGGAGACAGAGGUCUCAUCAAGGGAUCAGAGGACCCAGCCACAAGCCAGGAGACAGAGGUCUCAUCGAGAGAGGACCCAGCCACAAGCCAGGAGACAGAGGUCUCAUUAAGGGGUCAGAAGACCCAGCCACAAGCCAGGAGACAGAGGUCUCAUCAAGGGAUCAGAGGACCCAGCCACAAGCCAGGAGACAGAGGUCUCAUCAAGGGAUCAGAGGACCCAGCCACAAGCCAGGAGACAGAGGUCUCAUCAAGGGAUCAGAGGACCCAGCCACAAGCCAGGAGACAGAAGUCUCAUCGAGAGGUCAGAGGACCCAGCCACAAGCCAGGAGACAGAGGUCUCAUCAGGGGGUCAGAAGACCCAGCCACAAGCCAGGAAACAGAGGUCUCAUCAAGGGAUAAGAGGACCCAGCCACAAGCCAGGAGACAGAGGUCUCAUCGAGAGGUCAGAGGACCCAGCCACAAGCCAGGAGACAGAGGUCUCAUCAGGGGGUCAGAAGACCCAGCCACAAGCCAGGAAACAGAGGUCUCAUCAAGGGGUCAAAGGACCCAACCACAAGCCAGGAGACAGAGGUCUCAUCAAGGGGUCAGAGGACCCAGCCACAAGACAGGAGACAGAGGUCUCAUCGAGAGGGCCACAAGCCAGGAGACAGAGGUCUCAUCAAGGGGUCAGAGGACCCAGCCACAAGCCAGGAGACAGAGGUCUCAUCAGGGGGUCAGAAGACCCAGCCACAAGCCAGGAGACAGAGGUCUCAUCAAGGGAUCAGAGGACCCAGCCACAAGCCAGGAGACAGAGGUCUCAUCGAGAGGGCCACAAGCCAGGAGACAGAGGUCUCAUCAAGGGGUCAGAGGACCCAGCCACAAGCCAGGAGACAGAGGUCUCAUCAGGGGGUCAGAAGACCCAGCCACAAGCCAGGAGACAGAGGUCUCAUCAAGGGGUCAGAGGACCCAGCCACAAGCCAGGAGACAGAGGUCUCAUCGAGAGGUCAGAGGACCCAGCCACAAGCCAAGAGACAGAGGUCUCAUCAAGGGAUCAGAGGACCCAGCCACAAGCCAGGUGACAGAGGUCUCAUCGAGAGGUCAGAGGACCCAGCCACAAGCCAGGAGACAGAGGUCUCAUCGAGAGGUCAGAGGACCCAGCCACAAGCCAGGAGACAGAGGUUUCAUCGAUAGGUCAGAGGACCCAGCCACAAGCCAGGAGACAGAGGUCUCAUCAAGGGGUCAGAAGACCCAGCCACAAGCCAGGAGACAGAGGUCUCAUCAAGGGGUCAGAAGACCCAGCCACAAGCCAGGAGACAGAGGUCUCAUCAAGGGAUCAGAGGACCCAGCCACAAGCCAGGAGACAGAGGUCUCAUCAAGGGAUCAGAGGACCCAGCCACAAGCCAGGAGACAGAGGUCUCAUCAAGGGAUCAGAGGACCCAGCCACAAGCCAGGAGACAGAAGUCUCAUCGAGAGGUCAGAGGACCCAGCCACAAGCCAGGAGACAGAGGUCUCAUCAGGGGGUCAGAAGACCCAGCCACAAGCCAGGAAACAGAGGUCUCAUCAAGGGAUAAGAGGACCCAGCCACAAGCCAGGAGACAGAGGUCUCAUGGAGAGGUCAGAGGACCCAGCCACAAGCCAGGAGACAGAGGUCUCAUCAGGGGGUCAGAAGACCCAGCCACUAGCCAGGAAACAGAGGUCUCAUCAAGGGGUCAAAGGACCCAACCACAAGCCAGGAGACAGAGGUCUCAUCAAGGGGUCAGAGGACCCAGCCACAAGACAGGAGACAGAGGUCUCAUCGAGAGGUCAGAGGACCCAGCCACAAGCCAGGAGACAGAGGUCUCAUCAAGGGGUCAGAGGACCCAGCCACAAGCCAGGAGACAGAGGUCUCAUCGAGAGGUCAGAGGACCCAGCCACAAGCCAGGAGACAGAGGUCUCAUCGAGAGUUCUUGGCAAGGAUUCUGGAAGCCCCUUUAGAAUUCCUGACAAGGAUUUUGGGAGCCCCAUUGGAAUUCUUGGCAAGGAGCAUGGAACCCUUAUUGGAACUUCAGGCAAGGAUUCUGGAAGCCUCAUAGGAAUUCCUGGCAAGGAUACUGGAAGCCCCAUUGAAAUUCUUGGCAAGGAUACUGGAAGCCCCAUUGAAAUUCUUGGCAAGGAUACUGGAAGCCCCAUUGGAAUUCUUGGCAAGGAUUCUGGAAGCCCCAUUGGAAUUCCUGGCAAGGAUUCUGGAAGCCCCAUUGGAAUUCCUGGCAAGGAUUCUGGAAGCCCCAUUAAAAUUCUUGGCAAGAAUCCUAGAAGCCCUAUUGGGAUUCCUGCCAUUGAUUCUAGAAGCCACAUUGGAAUUCUUGGCAAGGAUCCUGGAAGCCCCAUUGGAAUUCCUGGCAUGGAUUCUGGAAGCCCCAUUAGAAUUCUUGGCAAGAAUCCUGGAAGCCUCAUUGGAAUUCCUGGCAUAGAUUCUGGAAGCCCCAUUGGAAUUCUUGGCAAGGAUCCCAGAAGCCCCAUUGGAAUUCCUUGCAAGGAUUAUGGAAGCCCCAUAGGAGAUCUUGGCAAUGAUCCUAGAAGCCCCAUUGGAAUUUCUUGCAAGGAUUCUGGAAGCCCCAUAGGAGAUCUUGGCAAUGAUCCUAGAAGCCCCAUUGGAAUUCCUUGCAAGGAUUAUGGAAGCCCCAUAGGAGAUCUUGGCAAUGAUCCUAGAAGCCCCAUUGGAAUUCAUUGCAAGGAUUCUGGAAGCCCCAUUGGAAUUCCUGGCAAGGAUUCUGGAACCCCCAUUGGAAUUCCUGGCAAGGAUUCUGGAAGCCAUAUUAAAAUUCCUGGCAUAGAUUCUGCAAGCCCCAUUGGAAUUCUUGGCAUAGAUUCUGCAAGCCCCAUUGGAGUUCUUGGUAAUGAUCCUAGAAGCCCCAUUGGAAUUCCUGGCUAG